AUGAGAAGUCAGCUAACUAAGUUGACUCAGACCUUGAGUGUUAGAGAACCAGGGAAGUUUCCCUCACAACCAAGUCCAAACCCUGUAGGUCAAGCCCAUAGGGCCGAAGGGUCAUCUAGUGAGAAUCAUGAACAAGUCCAGUCUGUCACUGUCCUUAGGAGUGGGAAAGUAAUUGAGAAACCUGAGGACCCUAGGACAGUGUGGCCUACCACUUGUAAAAAAGACCAAGGGCAUGAUGAAAUGAAUGAUGAGGAAGUGAAUGAAGGAAGUAAAGAGGGUAAGAAGAAAGUCGAUAAGGAAGAAAGAGAGCAAGAGAGAAAGCAAAAGGUAAAAGGGAAGAGUAUUGAAGAGAGAACCAAAUUUGAACCUCGACCACCCUUUCCUCAAAAAUUAGCCCAAUCAAAAAGAGAUAAAACAAAUGCAGACAUAUACGAAGUAUUCAAACAGGUAAGGAUAAACAUUCCUUUAUUAGAUGCAAUUAAGCAAACACCUUCGUAUGCUAAGUUUUUGAAGGAUCUCUGUACAGUCAAAAGAAAAAUCAAUGUGCGGGAAAAAGCAUUCUUGACGGAACAAGUAAGUGCUAUCCUUCAAUUCAAGACCCCUCCAAAGUACAAGGACCCAGGAUGUCCUACCAUUACUUGCAUAAUUGGAAGCCAAAAAGUCGACCAAGCACUUCUUAACCUAGGGGCUACUGUCAAUCUGUUGCCUUUCAGUGUCUAUCAGCAGUUAGGGUUGGGAGAACUCAAGCCCACUAGGGUCACUCUUCAAUUGGCUGACCGAUCAGUAAAAGUUCCUCGCGGGAUUGUGGAGGAUGUCCUAAUCCAAGUGGACAAAUUCUAUUUCCCAGUGGACUUUAUUGUCUUAGAUACCCAGCCCCACCAGGGUCCUCAGUCACCUAUUCCCGUUAUCCUAGGGAGACCAUUCCUUGCUACUUCGAAUGCAAUCAUCAAUUGUAGGAAUGGGAUCAUGAAACUAUCAUUUGGGAAUAUGACGGUGGAGAUGAAUGUUUUCAAGGUAGCUAAGCAACCAAAUGACGAAAUGGAAUUGGAGGAAGUUGAUUUAAUCCAGACCUUAAGUGAAGAAUACUUUGAGAAGGCUCUUUAUGAACAGGUUAUUUAUAAAUUAGAGAAGCAAACUUCAGAAGGGAUAGAGCCUGACGUUGAGUCAGCCAGGGUGAUCACACAACUGAUGCCUGGCCUAGAGCCAUUGAAAUUACCUGGGAAUGAAACCCCACCAUCUUUGGUCCGCCCACCCCAACUUUAG